CACCUUCUUCCUCCCUAAGCCUUCCACACCAAACGCUCUGCAAGAGUCCUUCAGCGAUGGACUCCUCCAAGACCUCAGCCGUCCUCCUAACCUUCAUGAUCUUGCUCUCCUCCGUCUCCUCCAUUGUUUCCUGUGACAUCUGCCCUCCAUCCAAGUCCAAACCACCCAAGUACAAACAACACCAUAAGCCGAAGCCACCUUCCACCGGAAAACCACCUAUCACGAUGCCGCCCAUCACCGUGCCACCUAUCACAGUCCCACCCAUCACCGUGCCACCAGUCAUCGGCAUGCCACCCAUCACCGUGCCACCGGUCAUCGGCAAACCACCCAUCACAGUCCCACCCAUCACCGUGCCACCGGUCAUCGGCAAGCCACCCAUCACAGUCCCACCCAUCACCGUGCCACCGGUCAUCGGCAUGCCACCUAUAACAGUCCCACCCAUCACCGUGCCACCAAUCAUGGGCAAGCCACCUAUCACAGUCCCGCCCAUCACCGUGCCACCAGUCAUGGGAAAGCCACCCGUCACGGCGCCGCCACUGCGUAGAGGCCCCCCAGGUGUCACCCCGUGCCCGCCGCGGCAGUCGCCGCCGCCGCCUCCUACGAGCCCCCCAGCGUCGCCCACUUGCCCUGUCGACACGCUCAAGAUCGGUGCAUGCGUUGAUCUCCUCGGUGGCCUCGUGCACAUCGGUGCCGGCGACCCAGCGGCGAACCAGUGCUGUCCCUUGCUGCAAGGACUCGUGGAGAUCGAGGCGGCGGUGUGUCUGUGCACCACCAUCAAGCUGAAAGUCCUCGACAUGAACGUCUACGUGCCGCUGGCACUGCAGCUGCUGCUUACCUGUGGGAAGACUCCACCACCUGGUUACACGUGCACCGUCUAGAACCGAGUCAAGUCUCUCUUCUCGGAAUUGACGAGAGGGUGGGAGAGGACGUCGUCCAAGUCGCUGAUGCUGCCUUACUGUUUGUUCAGUGUACAAUAGGUGUAUUGUGGUCAUUCGAGUUUUGUUGUCAGUUGGUUUCAGUGAGCUCUUCCAGUGAAGGAAUGCAUUCGUUUCCUUGUAGUUUCAGUAUGUGCUGCUGAAGCAGAUAAUAAAUAGGUGUCCAGAUUUCCAUUGCA